CACAGGCGGCCUGCGGCAGCUUCCGUUUGUGGUGAUGAUGAUGGCAGGGAGAGGAACUGAGAGUUUAUACCUGGUGCUCCUGCUCCUGGUUGGGGUCUCUGCGCGGUUCCACCGCCUCACGCUCAAGGGUGACACUAGAUCAAGGGUCCAUUUGAAUACCUUUGGCUUCUACACUAACGGGACUUUGGACGUAAACCUCACAAGUCUUCGGAUAAACACAGCCUUGGCCUUGGACAAGAUUAUAAUUGGGUUUAGCCUUUCCAAAACGAAGACUGAUGGUGUGGCUGCCUAUACAGUAGAUGAAUCCACAAGAUGUUUGUUGGAGAAAUACAACACUUCCUCAGGGGAAUCUCUUACCCUCUUUGUGUUCGAUCUGAUACAGAAUAAGGUUCUUAUGAAGAAACAAGGUCAACAGAAAAAACUGUCAAUAUCGGGACCAGAUGACCGAAAGAAUUCUGAAACCCAGCCCGCAGCAAAUGUGAAGAAAGAUAACGAUCAGACAAAGGACAAAGAGCCCAAAGAUGACCAGAGAGAAAAGAAUGAUAAAUCUGGUGCAAAGAGCAGACGGAAAAGAGAAUCAUCUCAAAGUCAAAACAAAGACGCGGCAAAAGGAAAAGUGGAGCCCGCUAAAGAGCCGAAGAAAACAGAAAAGAUUGAGGAAGUUUUUGAACUGCAACAUGUGAAUGACAGCUACAUCUUCAAUUUCUUUGUAAAGAUUCUAUCUCCAGCAGAGGAAGGACUUUAUACUCUCAGCUUCCACAACUGUCAUAAAGCAGGCCCAGGGAAGAAAAAUGCUGUUGCAUUUGACAUGACAAUUGAGAUAAUGGCAAGAAAUCCAAAGAACUACCUUUCUGCUGGGGAAACCCCGCUGCCUUUACUGUACCUGGUCAUGUCUGGGUUUUUCUUUGUGGCGGCCUUGUUCUGGGUUUCCCUACUUCUAAAGCACAGGAGCAGCGUAUUUAAAAUCCACUGGCUGAUGGCUGCACUGGCAUUCACCAAAUCCAUCUCCAUACUGUUCCAUGCUAUAAACUACUAUUUCAUUGCUGUUAAGGGAUCAGCAAUUGAAGGUUGGGCUGUGAUGUACUACAUUACCCAUCUAUUGAAAGGUGCUUUGCUGUUUAUUACUUUGGCUCUGAUUGGCACAGGAUGGGCUUUUGUAAAAUAUAUUCUGUCGGAUAAAGACAAAAAGAUCUUCAUGAUUGUGAUACCUCUGCAGGUGUUAGCAAAUACAGCCUACAUCAUCAUUGAAUCGACUGAGGAGGGGACGAGCGAGUAUGCUUUGUGGAAGGAGAUCCUGUUCCUAGUGGAUCUUAUUUGCUGUGGAGCGAUCCUGUUUCCUGUUGUUUGGUCAAUCAGGCACUUGCAGGAGGCCUCGAGCACAGAUGGUAAAGCUGCAAUGAAUCUGGCCAAAUUGAAACUCUUCAGGCAUUUUUAUGUCAUGAUUGUUUGCUACAUAUAUUUCACCAGGAUCAUCGCUAUUCUUCUCAAAUUCACCGUCCCAUUUCAGUGGCAGUGGAUGUAUAAUUUUCUAGUAGAGGUGUCAACAUUGGUGUUCUUUGUGCUGACUGGAUACAAGUUUCGACCAGCCUCCAACAACCCCUACCUACAGCUCCCACAGGACGAGGAAGAUGUCACAAUGGAUGAAGUAGUGACUGAGUCGGGUUUGCUGGCCAGUGUGACCAGAGUGAAGAAAAGCAACUAUGAGAGGGAACAAAUCCGUGAUUCCUCAGUAUGAAACUUGGCAAUUUAGAACUGAUGGUUACCAAGGAAGCGAGGCCCACUUAGAUCUCCACAUGGACAUUGGGAGAGGAAUUGGUGCAGGAAUUCUAAAUGGAUAAAAUGUGUUGGUAAAUACUGUUGCAAUUCCAGUUAUAUAACUGUUAGGCAAAUAAAUGUGACUGAUUGACUUGUAUAUAUGUAAUACAUAUAAGAUAUAUCUUUAUAUAACCCAGUACAUUGGAGUAUCUCUUUCUGAAUCUUUAUGACCAAACCGGUGCAAGUGGAAAGCAGAGUUUUGACACUGAUGUGGCAGAUAAAUUUUAUUAUUUGAAGCAGUUUUCCUUUUAAAUUUUGUAGUAUCCGCUCUCAUAGUACUGUCCUUUUGCCAGAAUGACUUUUUUUUUAACUGCUGGUGGCCCCACUCUGACAGAUGUGCACAUUAUGCUGUGGCAUAACAUUGCCUUAGCCUCUUCUAUAAGACCUUUUUUGCGAAUCCAGUACCAGCAAACAAGGCUACAAAACUCUCUUGACCGGUUCAAAAGAACUGCAGACUGCAGCUUGUCAGUCUCCAGCUUAAAUCUGUUGGUGAGAUUCUUGUGUAGAGAACCUGUACUGUACUGAAACCCAUCAUCACAUCAUGUGAGUGCACUUAAUUUUUGACAAGUGUACAUUGGUAGCAGGGAAAACAAUUCAGAACAUAUUGGACCGUUUUUCCUGCAUCUGAUAACUUCUUGAUUUUAUAAAAUGUUCAUCCCUUUCCUUAGGGAGUGGUGGGAUGGGAGAAAAUGUCAGUGGGAGAAGAAUGUUAAAAGUCCAACUUCCCAAUACAUUUGGUGGAGAGGGUGCAAAAAUUAGUUUGUUGAGUUUCAGAAGCAGAGGAGAGAGACUUUUUCCCUCGAGCUGUCUUGGUUACAUGCAUAUGGAAUUCGGGCACGUUUCGAUUGAGGUACUGACAUUCUGUUUAACCCUCGAACUGGCGCUAGUGCAAUUUUACUCCUGAUUUCCGGAGCACUGUUUAAAAAUGACCCAUUUUGUAAUGUAUUUAUUUUCAGUAACUUCAGUGCUGUAUUGUGGAGAACUUCUGAUUUGAGUUUCCUGUUUUAGAGAGGGUUUGAACCAGUGCAAUGAGGGAAUGAUAACUUGUAUAAAAAUCUAUGUUUAUAAGAAAAUUGUUUGUGGGCAUAAAUAGUUAUAAAUUUUCUUACAACCCUACGUAGGAUACAUAUUUAAAAUAAAAAAACUUUUCUGCUUUUAAAUUUGUAUUCCCAGUGCUCAAAUUAUGGCAUUCUUGAAGAAUUGUUAAAAUCAAGUUUAUUUUUUAUUUUGGCAUUACCUUCCCUCUAGCUUUGCUUCCCUUCUCUCUGUGUGCGUCUCUGUCACUCUGGGCCUGACAGCAGGUCCCAAUGACUGUUCUUAUGCGAACUUACAUAAUGACUGUUGGGUGGCUGAUGUGAGGGAAGGUCAUCACCAUUGAGCCAGACCCUGAUCUCCAAACAUCAACACGAGUGCCUUUUCCAGCAGUUUGUCUUGACCAGUUACUUGUUGACUAAGACAGUUGAUCACUCUGGCUGGCAUCGCCACACCUGUGUCUUAUAGCCAUGUGGAACUAGGAUGUCCUCGUGAUGAAAUUUGUUGUAUAACAGCCAACCCAGACUUGUAGAGGCAAUGUAAAAGCAAUAAUCAACAGCAUAAGUGUUCUAUGGUUUUUAACUUGACCCAUUGUACAUACUUGUUUUAGAACUGGAAGCCGGUUUCAAUUAGUUUCUUCUUGGAGCCCAGAAUUGUGAAAAUGCCUGCUGUGUAUUUAUUUUCUCCUUUAUAAAUAAGUUUAUGCUUUAAAACAGUUCAUCGUUGCUGUAACUAGGUUUUAUUUUUAACAGAAAUAAACUCUGCUCUAAGUCACUGGA